AUGCUCGUGCGGGUGGAGAUGACGGCCGUUACCCCAAAAUUGACUGAACGUGACGGAAUGCUAAUUUCGGUUAACGCUUACAUCUUUCGAUGGAAGAGCAUGUCAGACUAUGAUCCUCGUUUGAUUGCACCUACCUGUUUGUAUUUGGCAUCUAAGGUGGAGGAGAGCACAGUACAAGCCCGGCUUCUUGUCUUUUACAUAAAAAAGAUGUGUGGCUCCGAUGACAAGUAUCGGUUUGAAAUUAAGGAUAUUCUUGAAAUGGAAAUGAAGCUCCUGGAAGCUCUUGACUAUUAUUUGGUUGUUUUCCAUCCAUAUCGUCCUCUCUUACAGUUAUUGCAGGAUGCUGGCAUAACAGAUCUGACACAAUUUGCCUGGGGCCUUGUUAACGAUACAUACAAGAUGGAUCUUAUCCUCAUAUACCCCCCCUACAUGAUUGCACUGGCCUGCAUAUACAUAGCAAGUGUUCUGAAAGAUAAGGACACCACAGCAUGGUUUGAAGAGCUCCGUGUUGACAUGAACAUAGUUAAGAAUAUCUCUAUGGAAAUAUUAGACUUCUAUGACACCUACAAGAUUGAUCCUCAAAGGGGCAUCCCUGAGGAUAAUAUUAGCCCCGUGAUGAACAAGUUGCCGGCGAAGGCUUAA